CCGGCCGAUCGCACAGUCGGAUUGCAGCAGUGGCCGAGGAAACAUCGGACAACUGCGUCGUCGUCGUUGAAAGUCUCCCCAGUUUUUUUGUUCUUCCUCCGUUGCAGUGUGUUGCGUUUUCUGAAGCGAACAAACAAGUCUGGAAGCAAGUGCCGCGUAAAGUGUAAGCCGUGUGCGUGUUCAGUGCGUUCCCUACAGAUCGUUGCGUUUGUGAUUGUGCUGCAGUUGUGAUUGUCUGCUUGCUUCGGCGAAAAUCGAACUUAAGCAGGAGAAAAACAGGAAAGCUUGAGCAGCCAAAUUGGAAAACACUCCACACCCGAACUUCCUGCACGGUCACGCUGCAAUUUGUGUGCGCAAAUUGUUUUCCAUCCAGCUUCUCUGCUGCGCCGAAACCGAGAGAAGACGCGAGCCGUGAUUUUGCGCGUUCUGAACGAGCUGCCAGUGUGUGUGUGUGCGCGUGCCUAUCGGGGUGUGUGUGUGCUUUACGAGGGUGGUAUAAAUUAGGGGCAAAUAAAUAUACUUCCCCCGUCUUGCUGUUGGAUUCAAUCUCCAAUUGCCAACGCCGACCAGUAGAGAAAGGAAGUCUGCUUUUGCACCCAAACGCAUUCAUCAUGAAGCUUCUAUUAGCGGUGUUAACUUUCGCGACGUCCCUGCUUAGCAUACAAUGCCGACCACAGGCGAUACACUUCUUCCCCUAUCGACCGGCAGAGCUUCAUACUCCGGCAGCACCAUACUCAUACCCUGCACCAGCCUUUCCAUUUACCGGUCGGCACUACAGUCUAGUGCCGGUGUCGGUGCCUUUUCCAGCUGGAGCAAACACACCGGUACCGGUAGAGACCGCACAGGGUACGCUACCGAUUGUUCCGAUAAAUGAUCGAACUUCGGAAAAAUUAGUGCCUAAACCAGCCAUGAAAAAACGGACACGAAAACCGGCCACGAAAAGCAAACCCAAGCGGGUGAUGAAUGCUCCGCUUCUGCAGGCCUUCCAGCAGCAAGAUGGACAGGUUAAGGUACAGCAGUAUGCUUUAGCCGAAGCUCCGGAACAGACUUUCAAAGCCAUUCCAAAACCAUCACCAGCACCGGAGAAGAUCCAAGCGUCAGAAGGGCAGCGGUUAAGCCCGGCACAAACCACCAACCCAGUGGUAGUGAUGGCUACCGGGUCCACGACGGCCGACGCUCCAGUGAUUGGGCGCGUCCCAGUAGCGCCGACCGUCCAGGAGUACUACCCGUUCUAUGGCGUUCCGAUGACGGAUAAUCACGAGGAGGCGUCGCUCAUACUGGAACCGUCGUCGAAAGCGAUCUCGGGCAAUGGUGGCACCGCCAUCUCGACGCCCGUCUCCCAUGCCAUCCUGAAGCAGGGCAGCCGGGCGAAGAUCCUGUUCCGGCCGCAGUCAGUCGCGAUAGUCGGCGCGAACGGGCGGGCCCACGCGCAAGCCGAUCUGAUUGUCGACUAUGUGAAUCCCGAACAUCGAACGGCUACCGAUGUGCUGAAGCUCCCAUUCUACGGUGGAGCUCGUGGGCAGAUCCUGGAGAUCCGCAAAAACAGUGACGGUACGGUAGUGAGCAAGAUCCUGCGAGGAGAUGAUGAGGACGUCGAGCUGAAGGUGCAACAGGUGGCCGACGAGGGAGCUAAGCAGUCGAACGAGCAGGCGCUCGAUGCUAGCGAUGAGGACCUCAAGGCAACAGAUCAAUCGUUCGGGGAUUAUCUGCUGAAGAUACAGAAUGCCGCUGCCUCGCUCGUAUCACUACAGGAGACGGUGAAGAAGACGGGCAAGCUGUCACCGGACCAGCGCAAGGUGUACACGGACAAUCUGGAGAAGCUUGGCGUUGCUGCGCAGAAGUUGGCACACAUUCAGCAGGCAGAUGAUGACCAGGAUGCAAUACGGUUCCUGUUCGAUUUAUCUGCUUUGACAGCUAACUACGAGACCGCACCGUCGGGCGAGCCGCAGAAGAAGAAGGUCUCCAGCAGCAAGAUCACAUCGUUCCCCGGGUACAAGGGCAAGGAGGAGAACAAGAAGAAGGAGGAGGAGGAGAACGUUGGCGAGGACAGCUCCAGUGGUGAUUCCGUGCAGGUUGAGACACAGGAGAAGGAGAGCUCCAUUGCCGAGGCUAAGCCUGUUGGUCUUGCGAUCGCUGGUGAAGGUGGUGUAGCAUCAUCGAAACCCGUAGCCACUGCCGUUGUCGGUGAUGGUGGACUGGCUGUGGCACGCCCGGUAGCAACGGCAAUCGCUGGCAUCAAACCGAGCGAACUCGGCAGCUUGGGUCUUCCAAUCUCGGUCAACAAGAAGGUGCUUACCAAGGGCAAAUAUGGACUGGUUGCUGCUGGGGAUGAGACCUCCGGAGGUGUCCUCGUAGGUCCCGACUUUGAGGCUCGUGUUGCACCGAAAGAAAUCGAAGCAGAGCUGGAGGACAAUCGCCAACAGGCGAUGGCUAACUUCGACACGGAGAAAUUCUUGGCCAAUCUGCGACUGAAGACGGCCCCAGCGCCUACUCCAAUCCCAAGUGCACCCCAAUCGCUAGGCUCCUAUCAACCGGCUACGUACCUGCAGCAGACAGCCCCGUACAUGUCCGACUACAACCAGCUGGGACAGGGCGCCUAUCCCGUGUACACGCCGACCAUCAUUCCGUUCUACAACAGCUGGGCCCCGAACUACUACCCGUACAUGAACACGCUGAGCGCUUACCAGCUGGCAGCACUGCAAUCCGCCCAGUACAACCAGUACCCGUACCUGUACGGUGCGUACCAGCAGCCGCAGCUGCAGCAGAGCCUCGCCCAGAGCCCGUUUCAGCAGUUUGACUAUCCCCAGCGCGCCCUGUACAAUCCGGCACCCGUGGUCAAUGCGGCCACUGCCUAUCCGAACUAUAACAAUUACGCAUCCUUCAGCAGCCCGUCGCCAUACCGAUUUUUCUACUAUUAGUCUGCUGAUUGGUACCGGCCCGCACGAUCGCUUCCUGCUGAACAUCGUCUCGAACGGGCCGGCCACCACCGACGACUGAGUGCAUCGUGUCUCGGGCACGUUCAUCUCAACUUCACGCGGUCUGGUGAAGAAACUCAAACUCCAUUUUUAGUACUACAGUUGGCCAACGAUAUUUUGUAGGUCUUCCGAUUGGCAGCCGAGCUCGACUCCCGUCCAUGGUUGCAUACACCCCCUCACGGCUAAUCCUAAGACUUACGAGACUGAACAACUACAACGAAUUAGAUUGGUGUUAGGUGUAAGGGCAAAAACAAAACGAAACGACCUCUGAAUGGAUGAUGGUACACGGGCAACGAACCCCCCGGUCCGAAAACCUGCGGAGCUUGAUGGCCAUACCGGGGGAGUGCACGGAUCCGGUUUGGUUCGGUUUUGCUGUGUGCCAUCACGUCCGUCGUUCGAAAGUGUCGCAAACAAACUUACGGUAGCGUGCGGGAUGGGUGGCCCAUACCCGAUCUGAUAAGUGCAUUUCUUCUAGCGCGUAAGAGUACGAAAUAAAGAAACGAACGGAAUAGCUUCCAUUAGUGAUGUAGGUGGAUAACUAUAAAAAAUGAUACG